AUGACACGUACUCGUUGGAAAUGGGGAAUGACUAUAUGCGCUAUGGCAUUUAUAUUAGUAGACACAAUACGUGGAGUCGAAUUGGAUCUUAGUCAGGCCGAGGUACCUAAAAGUGUCGAUGUUUAUGAGGGGAAAUUUGGUCAAGGUGGUAUAUAUAGGAUGUACCACUCCAAGGAUGAUCCCAUAUCUCUUGUGAAAUACGGUAGCCUCAGGCUUGAGAGACCGAAAGGUAUACAAAAAGUUCCAAUAGAUGUUUAUGUUGAAGCAUAUAAACGUGAUAAGGUAUUAAUGGUGGCGGUUAACCUAUUUCACAGCAUUCGUAAGCCGAUUCUACGGAGAUCCUAUUUCGUUGUUGCUGAUAAAGUUAACAUUGUUCCACGUGAUGCUAAAACUAGUUUUAUUGGAGGACGCAUCUAUCUACCUCUGAAUUUAAUUAAUACUCACCUGCAUCCCUAUGUACUAGUAGAUUCUCCAUUUCUGGGUUCACGAGGGUUCGUAUGGCAUAUUGUGGAACACAAUGAUCAUGGCCUAGGACAAAACCAGAUAGGUCGUAUGAGGUGCCGUAGAGAAUCUUACUUCUUGAAUCCUAUCUUCAACAUCGAUGUAAAGUUCCUUGAUACCAAUGGUCCUAAGUCUUCACUCAGUUCACUAACGACGAUGAUAGAGGUUUCCCCAUCAGGUGAAAAUAUAAAAUUAAAAAUAAAACUUGAAGACGCUGAAAAAUUGAUCAAUCUAAAAAUACCACCAGUUGAAAAUGGCAUUUUCAAACCUCAAAAUAUUAUGGAUGACACAUAUAACAUCAUAAAGUAUCAACCGGGUUGUAAUACCAUAAGAUAUAUUCAUUUAAUGGUUGACAUAUCUACUUUGGAGACCCAAUUACCAGACAUUGUUAUUUUGGCGAACCUUAGAAGAGGUUGUUGGCUAUAUAGACAGUACAGCAUUGCACCAAUAAGGAAGCAAAAGUCCAUACAUUUUAGAAUAAUAAGCUCACUUCACAAGCUGCUGUUGUGCGAGGUAGAUGGUGCCACAGGAUUGACACACGUUGAGGUAUUUGACCACAUUAAACACGGGUGGCAGUAUGUUGUAAUUAAUACAAAAGUCCCUUGUGAAAAAACGACCUCGGAGGAUGCAGCAUAUAUGGAUGUCAAAAAGAUAUAUAAACGCAUGGAAGACCAGGGUAGCGUCGUAUAUUUCGACCUCAGCAAGUUCUGCGUCGAACCGUACCUAGAUAUGCUAUAUAACAUCAAUACACUUGAAAAAAGUUGUGAUAAAGCAUGUGGUAAUGAUAUUGUGAUGGAUACAUCGUCGUCAUCUUCACUCUGUGACGAUUUGUUCAAAGGUUAUUAA